UGUUGCGACUGGCCAGAAGGAAAAUAAAGUGAGGUCACCCAUUUUGACAGUUUCACACUAUCAUGAAAUAUGAACACUACAUUCUGAGAUCCGGGGGUUGUGUGUGAGCAAUCGCGUUUGAGAAUAUUUUUGUUCAGAUGAAAGUAAGAGGACGGGCGGCACGGUGCAUCAGCUGGAAAGUGUUGGCCUCACAGUUCUGAGGUCCCAGGUUCGGGCUCAAUCCCGGACCCGCCUGCGUGGAGUUUGCACGUCCUCCCCGUGCCUGCGUGGGUUUUCUCCGGGCGCCCGGGUUUCCUCCCACAUCCCCAAAAUUGUGCAACAUUAAUUGGACGCUCUAAAUUGCCCAUAGAUGUGAUCAUGACUGCGGCUGUUUGUCUCUAUGUGCCCUGCGAUCAGCUGGCGACCAGUUCAGGGUGUACCCCGCAUCCUGCCCGUUGACAGCAGGGAUAGGCUCAAGCACUCCCGCGACCCUCGUGAGGAUGAGUGGGCACGUACGUACAGUAAUGCAUGAGGGAGAUGCGCACUGGAGACGGGCGGAGACUCGGAGAACAAAGAGAAACGUUGAUGAAAUUUCAACCUGUUUUAGAGUGAGACAGAAUUCCUGGGAACUUCAAGGACCCCGAAACGAGACAGGAUAUCAUAGAGUACUGGAGUAUAUAAGUUCACCAUGGGCCUCGCUGCAUGUUUAAAAGACUAUUUUCUGGGUUUCUGGGACUAUGAAACCCCCAAAAUCAUGGUGGUGAAAAACAUAACUCUUGGAGUUAUAUACAGAGGAGUUCAGUUUAUCGUCAUCACCUACUUCAUCUGGUACGUCUUCAUAAGUCAGAAAGCGUACCAAGAAAGUGAAACGCGUCCCGAGAGCUCCGUUUACACCCGUAUGAGAGGCUCAGCAAUCCGUGGGGAUCAAAUCUUGGACACCGUGGAAUACGUUCGACCCUCAGAGGGCGGGGAUGUCAUUAAUACAAUCUUGAGGCGAGAAGUCACAUACGACCAGAAGCAGGGAACCUGUGCUGAGUAUUUCGGCGUCGCAAAUGCCAACUGCACGAGGGACUCGGACUGUGUCCAAGGAGAGGAUGACUUCACCAGCCACGGCAGGAGGACCGGAAGGUGUGUUCGUUACUACAACCACACCUUCAAAACCUGUGAGAUCCGAACCUGGUGUCCUGUUGAGGAGUAUGCGGUCCAGAGAGAGCCGGCGGUGGUGGAAGCCAUCAAUUUCACAGUCUUCAUCAGGAACUUCAUUCGUUUCCCAAAGUUUGGAGCGGUGAGGGCUAAUAUCAAGCACGCGUCAAACAGGCGCAACAUGCACAAAUACCUGAACAAAUGUCAAUACGACGAGGAGAAGGAGCCCUACUGUCCAAACUUCCGACUGGGUUACAUUGCGCACCGAGCCCGGGAGAACUUCAGCGAGCUGUGCAGGACGGGAGGAGUGAUUGGUGUUUUUAUUAACUGGAACUGUGACCUGGACCUGGACCCUUCGCGCUGUAAACCCGAAUACUCCUUUCGCCGUCUUGACCUCCGAAAGGAUCAAGCCGACUCGGGUUACUACUGCAGAUUUGCCAAGUACUACCAAAAGGACGGGAUAGAGUCUCGGACACUUAUCAAGGCCUACGGCAUUCGUUUGGAUGUGAUCGUUCACGGACAAGCAGGUAAAUUUAGCCCCAUCCCAACAAUCAUCAGCACAGUGACCGCGCUGACCUCCGUCGGAAUUUGCACGAUUAUCUGUGACUGGAUCAUGCUGACGUUUAUUGACAAGGAUGACCUCUACAGCGAAAGCAAGUUUGAUGAAGUUAUCGAGGAAACCGACGAUUCCAUUCCUCCACAACUCCUUUACAUCACUAACUUCAGCUCCUACCAGUCAGACUUGUCGGACGGUGUGCCGCUGUGACGUCAUCGUCUCCGUCUUCCCCAGCGUGCGGACCGACAUCCUCUCCGUCCGGCGGCGGCAGCCACGUAACGUUCUCUCAGGGCCCCCCCCACCUAAUAACUGAGCUGCAGUUAUGGAGUAUUAUAGUAUACAUCACAGGUGUCAAACCCAAGGCCCGAGGGCCAGAUCCGGCCCGGCCCAAAGGCAAAUCAUAUGUAUCAACUUUCAUGGUUUUUAAAAAAAAAAUCUGUACCAAAAUUUUAAAUCUUCACAUCAUAAGUGAUAUAGUUGAGAUAUUACAAGCAUUUUUUGUGUUACCACGCAACAACAGUCGUUACUCUGGAUUUCUGAUUCCAAAACGAGUUCAUAAAUUUCGUGUGUAAAUUUGAUGAGGCGGGUAAAGAUUUUUAUGGCCUCACAGUCAUAACAGCCCUCCAAAUGGAACCAUAAGUAAAUUGUGGCCCGCGACAAAAAUUUGUUAUACAAUACAGGAGGCGUGCUUGCACAAUUCUGCAAUUUCAGAAGCUAACAAUUCCCCCCAAAAUAAUAAAUACAGGAAUAUAUAUAAUGAGUCUAUAAUGAAUCUUAAUUUUUUAAAGAAUUGUAAUGCGCAAUUAUCUUUGUCAAGGCCACAUUUUUGACAGAGCUUUUGUAUUUGAGCCUCUCAGAUGCAGGUGUCUUUACAUCAAUAAAUGCCCUUAUUGAUUUACAUCAAACAUUAAUAUGCAGAAACAGAUAUGCGCCUGUCCAAACAAACACGGCACUGUUCGUGCAACACUUUUUGAGCAAAAAACAAGUUUGUAUCAGAGCCUGAUGCGUAAUGCGAGCACCCAGCCGGAAAAGACAAGCAACGAGCAGUAAUCCAAUAAAUCAGGUCACUUCCCACAAAAUGGCUCCCUAACGAGAUCCUGCAGUUCUCUGAACCCAUCAGGACGUUGCAGAAGACUACACUUGGCCGAUGAAGAAUCCCAAAGAGUUAUC